GAUGGAUACAGCCGAUCAUAUACAUUUACUAAAGAGACGCUACUGGCUAAAUAUUUCAAAAGUGAAAUUUAGACCCUGGAUGUUAUUUGGAGAAAGACAAGUUGUUUGUAGUUGGAAACCCGUUGCAUGCAACUGUGGUUCUAAUUGCUUCUGUAAAUGGCGAUACCGGAUAGAAAUCUUGGGAGUUCCUACUGCUGGUGGGUUGGUUGAUAACUUAAGCAGCUACACCUUCGCUAAUCAACUUGUCAAGGGUAAAAAGUAUGGUAUUAGGAUUCUUGCAGGACCGGCGACCAAUCUCUCUGACUUAUAUACUACCGAAUGGACUGACAUUGCCUGGUAUCUUUAUCAGGGCGUUGAAGAUCACCUUAUUCUCGCGAAAAGAUCGGGCCUAUAUCUAACGGACUCAAUAACAUUAAAUCAGGCGCUAAUUACUGAUUGGAGAGGAGAAUCUAUUAAUGAGAUUUUCGCAUCGGCAUCUUAUUUGGUAUGGUGUACACAUGAUGGACAGCUAUGGGCAUUUAAUCGGAAUGAAACAUCUCCAAAGGUAAUCAAAACUGCAGAGCGAAUAGAGAGAGUAUUAUUUGAUCCGUACGCCAGCACAAUUUAUUGGACUUCCGGAAGAACUAUCUACCGCAAAAGUUUAUUGACAUUCGAUCGUUCUGAAGUUGUCUUGAAAACACAAAACAAAAUCUUAUCUAUAACAAUUAACCCAGAGGCUGGUUGGUUAUUCUGGAUGGAAAAAUAUAAGAUCGGAAGAACGGCGUUUAAUGGAAAAAUGGUCGGAACGUUCGAAGAAUUACAAGUUGUUUCCGGUAGCCGUUUUUCUGCCAUAGUUUUUAAUGAUGACGUCUUAUAUUGGACGGUGAAGAAAAACGACAGUGUUGAUCUAAUGAAAAGAGACACUAAUGCGUUGUCUAGCAAGAUAAUGUCUACCGAGAGAAAUAGAUCGAUAGACCAUCUUCAGGUAUUAAAUGGUCAAUUGAUUAUGUCCGAUAAAAAGCUACAAACAAUCUACGGCGUUGAUUUGAGAAUGAAUGGCAAGUUUAAGAUAGAUAUCUCUUCCUAUGGCGUCACUGCAUUCACAGUUUGGCGUCCGUCAACAGUACCGUCUUUAAUUCCGGACCAAGUCAAUGAGGAUAGCAUAAAACUUUCUGGUAAAUGGCCAAAUGUCACAUUAUUCUGGAAAGCUAUUCGCUGCGAAAAUUGCUCCGACCUCGAGUACCAAGUAGGCAUCAACUCGUCUCUCCAAAUCAUCCUAAAUAGAACGACUACAGAUGCCGAAUUCUCACUACCAACUCAGUACGGUUACGAUAAUAUAACAGUGAAAAUUCGCAGUUUAACAUCGAGGGCAAAAUCAAAUUGGACAAUCAAAGAUUUCGAGACGCCUGUGACGACGCCUGGAGAGUUACGUCCAGUAAUUAGUUGCGAACCGUCAAUUGUUGCUAACUAUUCAAUAAUAAGAAUUCAAUUGAGAAUUCCAAUUAAUAAUAAGGAUAUUGAAGAGUUAAUUGUGGAAAUUUUAAAAAACAAAAAGUCAUAUCGUCGACUGAAUAUUAAAAGAAUUAAAGAAAAGUCAUUUUACGAAGAAAUUCUAAACGUAAUUGCAGAUAGUUCGACUUAUCAGAUAUCAGUGAAGGCUUGUAACUUGAAGAAGAUUUGUGGAUCUACUGUGAGACGAGAAAUCAAGGCCAAUCGAUCUGUGGCUGUGUUACCUAGAAUAGGAAGGCUUUUCUAUACGUAUAAAGGAAUAAGAACGGAUAGCUUUUGCCUUGGGGACUUUACACUGAAACCCCAGCUAAAGGAGACUAUCUUCAGCAAUGGUAAAAAUCGAAGUUGUAAUUGCCCGAAUACCAAGUGCUCAUUACUGCCUUCUAUGACGCUCGAUCCGCUGGACGAACGUCUUUACGUCGUUUCUAUCGAUUCAACGCUGAUUAUUUCCGAUAUCUAUUGGUGCUCGUGCCGCUUUGUUAAAGACUUCGAGGAGUUUGCACUCACUACAUCAAUGGCUGUUGACAAAAAAUGUUUCUGGUGGACUAAAGGAGACAAUCAAAUAUCUUGUUUCAACCUUAAUUCUACGGCCGUGAAAGUAAAAGAAGAGAGGAUUAAGGAUAAUGUAAAAAAUAUUAGAGUCAGCGGAAGAUUGUUUCAACCGUUGUUGACGAAUCGAUGCCUAAGACCACGCAUUAAUUUUAACAAUGUAAAAGUAUAUAAUGUCACGAGAUCAUCUUUCGCCGCCAAUUGGAUAAUACCAAAAUUUUGCCCCGAUUCAACAAUUAUUUACAACACGAAUGUUUCCCUAAUUGAAUAUAAAUCGGGUAAAACGUUAAAGAAAUUGCGGUUAAUUGAUAGAGAUGAAGUUUUUGUUGACAGUUUACACGCUUGGACAACAUAUCUUUUAAAUAUAAAGGUGUUUACAAGGAUUUUUACAUCGGAUAUUGUUUCGAUUAACGUUACAACUUUACCCGGCCCUCCAACCAUAAACAAUCAGAUGUGUGCUGUAUCAUUCGAAGAGGACAGAGUUGCUUUCCUGUGGGUUCCUGAUCAACGAAGCGCAUACGAAAGAUCUAGAAUAUACGAUGAAUAUAAUCAGACGAUUGCCGAUUGUUUGUUAAAAGGUUCCGUUCUAGAUUGUCCAUUGGGGACUGUCCUUAAAAGCGAAGCAAGAGAAAACGUUAACAUCUGCGGUCUACAAACAAAUCAAAGUAGUCAUCUAAUAUUGGAAAAAUAUUCAAAAUAUGGUUUAGUUACGUCACCAGUUAUUCCAAUAAGAAAAUUUAAUAAGUCUCCUACAAUCGAUAUAACAUAUUUGGGAUCUAGAACGUUUGCCUACUCUUUGAAUUUAAGGCAUUUAAAGCGUAUCUGUAGGUCCAUAAUAACUAAGUUAUUGUUUACGAAUGAAAAGCGAAAUGAAACGAAUCAUAUGACGCUUUCAGGUCUUGUUGAUGUCAUUCCUGAAAUUUUAAAUGGUACAAAAGAAAUUAAUGUACAGAAUUUCCUUACCAACCAACCCACCAUGUUACAAGGAAAAUCUCUUUGUUCUCUCAAUCUUCAAUCUUUGGAUAGUAAUUGUCCACCCAAUACUAUAAGUCAUAUCUUUGAAACUGAAAAACUAAAAUUUGCUCCCUGGUUCCUACAACCGCCUACUAUUGACAAGGAUACCAAUGGACUGGUUUUAAUUAAUUGGACUUUAUCAUUUUGGAGUGCAGGCUACGCUAUACAAGAAUAUGAGUUAUUAUGCCAAGGUUCUUGCCAGCCACUAUUAUAUUCUGGAAUGAGAACUUGGUGGUAUGGCCCUUUGGAGGAUGGAGAUUAUAAUCUGACAGUUCGAGCUAUGAAUCAUUUGGGUUGGAAUGACAUACUCGGUGAAAAUUUAAGUGUAUCUCUCAAAUCUCCCGAUAGGACACGCCAAUAUGACAGGAACGAAUUUUUCAUUCUCCUAACGUGCAUCGCUUCAUUCUUUUGUCUAGCGGCCAUGGUAUUAUUAGCCUUGUAUUUUCGGAGAAGAAAACAGAAGAAAUUUAACUGGAAAUCCGUGCAACAAACUGAGCUGGAAUUGGCAGCUCUGCGUUCCCUCCCACCAACGGCUGUACAGAAUACGAAUGAUCUAUAUGUACUAGGAUCUUUACCAACAGAUGAGCAAUUCGCCUCUUUACCCCAUAUAGGACGUGCCGAUAUAAGGUUAACCACCUUUCUCGGCUCAGGAGCAUUUGGUGAAGUAUAUCAAGGAAUAAUAUCAGAUAAGAUUGCCGCUGUUAAAAUUCUACGAAAAGAUGCCGGCGAUUCAGAUAAGAAAGAUUUUAUUGCCGAAGCGUUUCUUAUGUCUCACUUUAAGCAUCCAAACGUACUCAAACUGCUUGGUGUAUGCUUAGACAGCGAUCGUCAUAUGAUCAUUUUAGAACUGAUGGAGAAAGGGGAUCUUUUAUCAUAUUUGAGAAAUUCUCGUAAUAAUGAUGAUUUUAUCUUAAACGACAAAAUUGAUAUAUGUAUCCAGGUGUCCAGAGGCUGCGCUUACUUAGAGAAGAUGCAUUUCGUUCACAGGGAUAUUGCUGCCCGUAACUGUUUAGUCAGUAUGUCAAAUGGUCAAAGGUUAUUGGUUAAGAUCGGAGAUUUCGGUUUGGCGAGGGAUAUUUAUAAGAAUGAUUAUUAUAGGAAGAUUGGAGAAGGCUUGUUACCAGUUAGGUGGCUCGCAGCCGAAGCGCUAAUUGAUGGUGUUUUCACGACUAUGUCAGACGUUUGGGCUUUUGGCGUCCUUGUUUGGGAAGUAAUGACGCAAGGUCAACAACCUUAUCCGGGAAGAUCAAAUUUAGAGGUUUUGAAUUUUGUACGAGAUGGAGGACGCUUAGAUAGACCAGCUAACUGUCCUAAUGACAUUUACGAUAUAAUGGGUCGUUGUUGGUUAGAGGCAGACCAACGCCCAAGUUUUUCUACUCUUCAACAACUAUUGCAGGAGGCUAUGCAGAAGCGUAACGCAACUUAUUUGGCACUCAUUAACGAACAGACUGAAGACUUAACUUCACCUGCUGCAGUACCCUCGCCGGCUCAACCCCACCGGCGUUCGACCGUCUGGAGGACUUUAACCUAUAUACGCCGUUCAAUUAUGGAAACAUUUACAUCAAUAUCUCGAUAUACAAGGUAUAUUCCUGUUAGUACAACGUCCAGUCAAGUGACACAGAACAUGGGGACAAAUUGA